AUGACACAGAGCGAAAUGUUCUUUUCUCCAUCCAUGCACGACUAUGUUAACAAGAAUUCACUUGCGGGUCCUCCCACUUCGUGCACCCCAUUCGCCGAACUCUCACCUGAAAAGUGUACGGGUAAAAUGUCGUCGGCCUUCCAACUGGAUAGCGUCGAUGAGGCCUUGAAGGAGGCGCUCAAAAGUCCGGUGUACGAUGAAGUUCACAGGGUACUGUAUGGCAGAGAGCAUAAGGAACUCGAGAUCCCUAAGGAAGCACUGGAAAUUGCAAAAAAGAAUAAUUUUGAUUUGAAAGCAUACGAAGUGCUUGCGAAGGAAGAAGAGUUGCGAGCUCCAAGAAAGCCGGCAAUUCAAAAAUUCUCCAUCUUGUGGCGUGUGCUUCCCACAACAGCACCAAUCGAGGAGCAAAGAAGAGCAAUACAUCGCAAAGCUGCUACAAUGGUCGACGCCGCUGUGCUCGCUGGAGCCAAUAUGAUCUGCUUCCACGAACUCUGGACGAUGCCGUUUGCGUUUUGCACUCGUGAACGACUUCCAUGGACCCAGUUUGCCGAAUCAGCGGAGCAUGGCCCUACGACGCAAAGUUCCUUCUCACAGGCAAAGUCGCUAUCAAUGUUUGCUACGGUCGCCAUCACCCGCAAAAUUGGAUGA